AAAUAACUAAACCUGAACAAGACGAUUCUCUUUUAUCCAACCUUUCAUUUAUUUCAGAAACACAACCAACAGCAAAUCCACAAAAGGAAAACACAAAAAACGAAAUUUCAGAAACACAACCAACAGCAAAUCCACAAAAGGAAAACACAAAAAACGAAAAAUCAGAAGCAGCCAAUUUAACAGGAGCUACAACGAAUAUAUCAGUUAAAAGAAUUGGUGCAAACAUCAGUGCAAACCAACACCAAGUGGACAACACAAAUCGGAAACAUGAAACAAUUGUUUCUGGAGAUUCUUUCAUGCACGACUUUUCCAUCGGGGAUAAUAGACCAUUACAAGUCUCUACAAAGUCUCAGAAUAUAUCGAAUUCAUUCUUCCAUUUAAACAAAUCAGAAACGAAAGACUCGAAUGCAAGCUCAUUUAUUAAACCGAAAUCACAGCUUCAGUUCCGAAAUACACAAAAUAAUACUCAUGAAAUGCAGGAUUUGUCAGUAGUUUUAAACUCUCAGCCACAGAAAGAAAACCUCAAAGCCUUCAGCUCUGGAGGUAGUACGUUGAAAUUUUUGAGCAAACCUUCACCAAAAGUUCCGACAAAAACAAAUUACGAAAACUCCCAGAGUAAUUUAAAUUUUUUAGAAAAACCUAAGACAGAUCUUAAUUCAGAGUGUAAGGAACCACAAAAACAAACUUCAAAAAAUAGUGAUUUGGAUGAUUUUUUCGAGCUGAACGCAGAAACUGCAUUAUUCUCAACGAAUAUAAGCUUAAUUAAAAACUCUACUUUGGUUUCGAAUUAUCCGCAAAAGACUACACUAGAACAAACUCAUGAGAUUAGAAGGCAAGUAACGCAAGACUGCAAAAAAUCUAAGCAGAGCUUUUUAAAGCAACCGUCAUCAUUUGUACAAGAUACAGUUGGCAAUAGAUCGAAUUUAAACGCAACAGAAAAAUCCCCAGCGGAAAAGCAUCGGACAUCGACUGCAUCCACAAAUAAACCUGCUACAAAUUACGAAAACGCCGCUAGCGCUUUGGGAAUAGGUGACUAUUUCAAUAAGGAGAAACUCAACUUAAGUAAUGAAUAUGACGAUGAAAUGAGUAUUUACUUCAAGAAUACACCCAGAACUCCCAAAAAUACCGUACAUGUAUGGAGAGAUUCUUUGGAUAAGUCUGAUAAUAAUUCCUUUGUACACCGGCAAUGCGAUCUAAAUCAAACCAAUCAGCUGGUGGAAAGGUUUUGUGUAGAUCCGAAUGUUAAUCCUUUUAAUGUGGAAUUAAUAAACGCUUUUCUAGAUCAAAUUGAUUUAAUAACGUUUUUAAAAGACUUGCAAACUUGUAGAAUGGUAGGUUGUGUCCCCUGCAUAAAACCAAACACAACGAUUGAAAUCAAUGGCGUUCAUUUUCAAAUUUCGAAACUUAUCGGUGAAGGAGCAUAUGGCGCUGUGUAUAAGGGUAUUGACACUAAAACUGGUGAUAAAUAUGCGCUUAAACAGGAACGGCCACCAAACUACUGGGAAUAUUAUAUUUGCUUGGAGCUACAAAGUCGUAUUACAUCAGAAAAUAUGUUAAAUGCGUACAUGAAGAUUGAUUUUUCUCUAAUCGGCAAUAACUCAAGUGUAUUAGUAUCCAAAUUUUCGGACCAUGGUUCACUGAUAAAUGUUUGCAAUAAAGUUAAAAAGGCGACUAUGAAAAAUGUGGACGAGUAUGUAGUGAUGUACCUGACAUGUGAACUUUUGGAAAUCAUGGAUCACCUGCACGCUGCUAACAUCAUCCACGCAGAUAUUAAACCUGAUAAUAUACUGUUAAUGAAUAAGUUGACAUAUCCAGCGAAGCAAUGUUGCCUGCAACUGAUCGACUUUGGUGUUUCGAUCGAUAUGCAGCUUUUUAAACCUGGGCAGACAUUCAGUUAUGUGCACAAUAAUAAUGCAUUCAAUUGUGUGGAAAUGCGUGACAAACGUCCAUGGACUUAUCAAUUGGAUUUGUAUGGCUUAGCGGGAGUGAUACAUGUAUUGCUCUUUGGUAAAUAUAUGGAAGUAGAAAAACGAUCCGAUUAUAUCUGGAUGCAUAAAACGCAUGUGCCGCGUUAUUUCAAUAAAAUCUUAUGGGAAACUAUCUUCAGGGAACUGCUGAACGUGCGCGAUUGCAACUCAAUGCCUAACUUGCAACAAUUACGUGCAAUUAUUAAGAGGGAAAUAAUAGAAAAGGAGAAGUUUGUUAUCAAUAAAAUAGCAGAGUUCAACAAAGCAUUAUCUUCAUAAAAUUUAAAACCGUACAUAUAUUAAUAUAAUUUAUUAUUAUCAUUAAUUAAUCAUUUAUAGAUUCUGGCA